ACAGCCCAAAUUCCAUCCAACCUCGAUUUGUUUUCUUCCCCAAAUCUUCUUUCUGCAUCUCAUCACCACCGCCAGGCUAGGCUGCUUGCGCCCAUCCAAUUCUUUGCGCGCCCAUUGACUCGAAACGACACGUGUGUCAGCCAAUCCAAGCCUGCCUGGUGGCAUGCACUUGCUGCUUCUUGAGCUUUUGUUUUGGUCUUGUUGUCGCAAGCCACCAAGGUUCCCAACCGGCGCAUCGCACAUCAUCGACGACCGCGAUUCCCUCCUCUCUUUUUCGGUCCUACCUUUGACUUCGAUUCCAAUUUUCCGCGCAACGAUAUCCAGAUACCCAACAACAUGAGCAACCAACAAUCCCUAGUCGACUACCUAGUCGAACACGAGCCUAGCUUCAGGAAAGCCCGCCUCCCAGCCCUCUACUCCGACUUCACUUCCCUCCGCACUCUUAAUCCCGACGGCUACCAGGCCAACAUCUCCGCCUGGCGUUCCGCCCUUGCACACCUCGCCCGCUCCGGCCUUGCGCCCGCCCCAAAAGGUUCAACGCCGAAUCUCCUCGUUCUCAACGCCGAUGAAUCGCUCCUCCGCGCUUUAGAGUCCAAGAAGUACGGUCGCCCGCUAGCCUUAGGGACAGUGGUUAGGGAAGCACUGGCUGCUAAGGAUCUCAUGCCGCUACACGACUUCCUCACCACCAAAACGAGUAUAUACUACAAGCCAUGGCUACCGUCGCCUUUGGGAAUCGCCGGGGGCGUAGCCGGCUGGGCCUUAAAGCAGUUGGGAGUAGCAGAAUGGUUACGAUCCCACAGUUUACCCAAGGGCCAAUUCGUGGUAGUCGCAAACGUCGAAGAAGCCGGAAAACAAUUCGCCGCAACAACAGCAUCAGCCCUAACAGACAGCCGCUUCGAGCGCACCUGGUCCAAAGCACAUUUCCUCCAAACCUACAACGAACAAGUCCAACUCGAGUCCGGCUCAGACGCCAAACUCCUCACCGAAACCGACCUCGACGUUUUGUUAGUCUUCCUCUCCCGCGACAAGGACGUCAUCCUCUACGACGGGUCCACAUUCAAAAUCAAGGCUCCCUCCGAUGACGCCGGUCAGCAUCAGCAACAGCAGAUAACACAAGAAGACACCACCGUCGCUUCCAUCAAGGAACUCAUCUCCUCUUUAACGCACCAAACCCACCUCCUAGCCGGCCGUAUCUCCGAACUAGACAAAACCGCUCGCCAAGCCGUGCAGUCCAAGAACCGGAUCGCUGCCCUGGCGGCUUUGAAGCAAAAGAAACUAGCCGAGCAAACUUUGGAGGGGCGCUACGCAAGCUUGACACAACUAGAAGCCGUGGCGGCCAAGAUCCAACAAGCCAGCGACUCGGUCGCGAUGAUGAAAGUCAUGGAGACCAGCAGCAGGGUGUUGGAGAGCCUGAACGAACAAGUCGGCGGCGUCGAUAGAGUCGAGUCCCUCGUCGACAAACUGCGUGACCAGAUGGCGGAGGUGGAUGAGGUUAAUACCAUCCUUGCUGAAGCCGGUACUAGCGCUGCGGGAGUGGAUGAGGAGGAGAUUGAUGAUGAAUUUGAGGAGAUGUUGGCUGAGCAGGAGAAAGAGAAGAAGGCUGUGGAGGAGAAGAAGGAGGAGGAGAGGGAGGAGGAGAGGGAGAGGGAGCGCGAGCAGGAACGCGAGGCGGAGGAGCUCAGGAGGAGGUUGGAGGCUAUUGGGGGUGUGCCGGUUGUUGAGCCGGGGACGGGGAGCAGAAGAGAGAGAGAAAGGGAGAUGGAGAGGUUGAUGAAGGGUAUGUCUCUUGCAGGUGAUGAGGAGUGAUUUUCUUCUUUCUUUUGGGAUUGUAGAGAGGGAGGGAUAUCUUAUAUACCACACACGUGCAUGUUGUUUAGUAGGCAAUGCUAAUUUCUUGGUAGGUUACUAAAUGCGAUUACCUAUACCAACUUGUUCCCAUUUCUUACUUUUACGACCACAAUGACGACUCUGACGACUGUUACGAUACGAUAUUGCAUACCGUUUCGCAAUUCCAAACAUGAAGGAUACUAGUUUUACGACUUUUUGAGAAAACAUAGAAUGGGAGCGAGCGAGCGAGGCAGGAGUCACGACCAGAAUAUGAUUUACGAACCCCAUGAGUAGGCGUUAAGGGGUAGGUGUGUUUGUUUACUUUGGUUGUAAACAUGAAUAGAAUAUGAAGCACCAUGUUCGAGUGCUUGGUUUUUCUAUACCUACCUAGGAACGUUCAAGACAGUAUACUGCAACUCAUUAACCAUUGUUUCAUUUCGUAUUAUGCUGCUUCCAAAUCGAGGUUUGAACAUGUG